AUGAGCAAAAAGUUCAAGUCGCAGGCCUCCAGCAGUCGUGCUGCUGCCGGCGCCUUCGGUUCCUUUGGAGGUUUCUCAGGCAAUUUUGGGAGCGAUGGACGGGAGCCAUCAGCUCUUACAUACAUCGCCGAACCGCCAGAUCUGUCUCGUAUCUCCGAGCAGACACUAGUCAUUUCUUUCAAGAAUUUGUUGAAGAAAGAUGAUAUUACACGAACCAAGGCUUUAGAAGAGCUCAAAGAACACGUCUUAUCUGUGGAUUCUAAGAAGGGAACUCUUCAUGACGGAUUUUUAGAAGCAUGGGGCUCUAUCUCUGGCCUUGUCGGAAAGAGAAUUGCACCUCAUUUGCCCAAGGUUAUUGGUGCUUGGCUAGCUGGUCUUUACGAUAAUGACAAGCCAGUUCACCGCGCCGCACUGGAAUCGUUUAUCAGUGUCUUCUCGACCCAAGAUAAACGAAACAAUGUUUGGAAGAUCUAUCAAAAUUCCAUUCUGGAUUUUGUAGAUGACGUUCUCCUCCAUCAAUCACCCCUAACCUUGAGCGAUGAGAGGACUGUCAAGCGGGAUGAUGCUGAAGCGAAAUACGCUCGGGUAUCAAAACGUCUUUUUAUCCUGGAGCCUUCGGUCAUCUCGCGAGCUACAGAGUCGUCGCGGCUUAAGGAGGUUUUUGAAAAGGCCAAUAUUUCCCUUCUCGACAACUGCCUACAGGUUCUACGCUCUCGAAAUGGAAAACCUUAUGGCGCCGCCGGAGUUGUAGAAGAGUGUGUUCGCAGAGUGCCUUCUAUCGCAAAACAGUCUAAGGAACUUCUAAGUUUCCUCAAGACGGAUGCGCCCGAGCUUCUGUUCUCGCCGUCUGGUGAUCGUCUGAUUACUAUAAUUCUGGCAUGUCGGCAAUGGGAAGGAUUCUCUUCUUGUUUUGAAGUUGUCGUCGAGCGAGCCUUGGAAUUGGACCCCAAACAAUCGAAUGCCCAUGUCCUUCAAAGCCUUCUAUCGACCAUCGAUUUCAACGAAGUCGAAUACCAAGCUAAGCUUUCUUCACUCGUGAUGCGAGCUCUAGAUAAAGCCUGCAGAGGCAGUGCCACACACUGGCCUAUUGUUACUGCAGUUCUCCGGAAUCAAACUUCUUGGAAAGCAUUGAUGGAUCAAGUCUUCCUGUCAAUUAUUGAGUCGUUGUCUACGGAGGAUAGGGUCUUCGAAGCCCUUCACGGGCUUUCUCAACUUGGGAGUACUGUUCCGGCUGCCGUGCGUGAAUUCCAGGGCGGAUCUAAUGGCUCCAAGCUAACAGGGAAACUGCUUUAUCUCACCGAGUCCCCUUCUGAGGAGGUGGCUGCCCUGGCUGAGUCUUUGAUGAAGAAUUUCAAGGAAACCGUUGUUGGUGAUACGAGCACCAAGUCCAAGAUUGAGAUUCUCCAAAAUGGCUUCUCUCGCGCAAGCGAAGAAUCUUUAACGAUUGAUUCUCUCGUUGCUAUCGCUGAAGAGCUGCUUCCUGGCCUUGGGACUAAUGCAGAAGCCACAGACAGUCUCAAAAACGUUUUGCCCUCUGCGUCUACCUGGGAAACAGCUAUGGCUCCAUUCCUUCACCUACCUCCACGUCUCUCCACCGCAAUCACUAGUCCACUGGCUGGCGCUGUUCAUUUAAUCCAGCACGAUCUGUCCGAUUCUUUCAAGGACUUAAGACUCAAUAUUGCGCGAGACUCGGCUCAUAACUCCGCCGCGUUCCGACUUGCCAGCUUCACUAUCAGAAUUUUGUCUUCAACACACCUGAAUGAACACAUGGACAAAGAAGAUCUUGAAACCCUCUUCUAUUUUAUCCCAUUGGCCGUGCAGCUGAUUGAUGACGAUCUGAGUAUCGAGAACUCAAAUGGAAUCUUGGGUCUAGAUCUGGCAGAUCAGCGCGAUGAAUAUGUUGAGCUUGUUUUCAAGGGGCGCAGGGUAAUCAGUGAUUGGGUUCACACAAAGGAGAAUACUAGCUAUGCGCCUCAAAUAAAAGUUGCCUCGUCUCUGCUCUCCUUUUGGGAAAGCAAACUAGAGGGACUGAGUGGAACCUCUCCUCUUGAUUAUCGGAUUGGCGAGGCGUUUGUCAAGAUCAUGGGCUCCGUCGAGACACUGGCGGCAUCCAAGUCAGCCGAUGAUGUUGCGACAAUUUGCAGAAGUGCUCGUACCGCCAAUGCCAUUCGGUCGGCUGCCUGGUUUGUUGUGCUGCGAAGUUCUAUCUUGUCGAAUCCGAUCGGAAAUCGAAUUUGCAAUGAGCUGGUCGCUGAUUCAUCUGGGCUGAAGCCGCAAAGUUCCUCUCCGGAUGGACUCCGCAAACUGGCACUGCUCAAUAUCCUCUUAUCUGGGGAGGAGAACGUUGUUUCAACAAUCCCCACGCAACGACUGGUCUUUCUCACAAAGCCGCUCAUCGAAUGUCUUCAAUCCGGGCUGCAGCCUCUUGGUCUGAGCGCUGAGAUUAUCAAAACAUUAUCAUUUGUGCUUCCAGCUCUUUCUGAGAUAUACGGGUCGCACUGGGAAGACAGUAUGGCUGUUCUGAGCACAGUGCUCAAAGACAUCAGUGGGGGCGAAGAAGGUCUUCCACUGCUAGUAUCCUCUUUCAGACUGUUCUCUAGUCUAAAGUCUAUGACGGAGGGUGAAAGCAACGAUGAUCUUCAAGAUGUCUGGCUUGAACGACGGGUUGGACUUUUCAACGAGUUGGCCGCUUCUGUCGGGAAGUUCGGUAAGCAUACCUACCUUGAUUUUGGCUACUUCUUCUCAAUAUGCGCACGAGGCUUACCUUUAGCAGAUGGUUCAACUACCUAUCAUCAACCACGGGAUGUCGCUGUCGAUCUUCUACGACGCUUGAUCAUUUUCAUUCCUAUUGAAAAGUUGGAUGAUGUUAGCGAAGUCUUUUCUCUUCUGACCGCUCAUAGUCGUGCUGUACAGCGCACCGCUUAUACCCUCCUCCACCGUUAUAUUCCACAUGCUCAAGAGCAAGUAUCCUUCGACGUGGCUUUGUCUAAGUCCGCAGUCAGCCUGCCCGAUGAGCUUGUAUCUCUUCUACUUGAAACACCCACCAUGCAAAUGGUGACCAUGAACUACGGUGAUGACAAGAUGUGGACUAGUUUAAGGGCAUAUCUCCUAAGCUGGAAGGUGAUCUUCGAUCAUUUCUCCAAUGCUUCACUCCCCGUCCAAGAAUACUACGCCGCGAACAUCAAGGAGAACAACGUGUUAAUUCCUUUGUUGGAGUUUAUGUUCGAUUUUCUUCAAAAGGCGCAUGGCAAAAUCAUCGACCCGACCAGGUUCGAUAUCCAAUCGUUCCAACCCGAUGAAUCUGAGAAUGCGGAGAAGGAAACACAGUGGCUCCUGGUGCACCUCUACUACCUUUCUCUCAGACAUCUAGCCAACAUGACUAAGAACUGGUGGAUUGACACCAAGAAACGCGUCAAGGGUCCAGUAGAAGGAUGGACUGAAAAAUACAUCUCGCCUGUCGUAGCUGGAGACUCCAUGAAGGGCGUCGAAGACUGGGCUGCCACUCAAGAUCCGAAUGAGGAGCGUGCUUUGACUGUUAAGAUAUCUCCAAGGACAGCGGAGAUCAUUGCCAGCAUCCCAGUAGAUGAGGAGUCUCCCCCCCGUCUCCAUCUCGAUCUCCCUUCCUCCCGCAUAUCCAUUGCAUCCAGCAAUCGUUGUCGGGCGCAGCCGAGUCCUUGUCGACGAGAAGAAAUGGAAGAGCUGGCUGCUCACCAUCCAGGGAGUGAUUAUGUUUGCCAAUGGUAA